UCAGUGAUAUGAUGUUGGUAGAGACAUUCAACGUUAUUCCCGCCAUUCUCGAUGACCCUUACGUGAUGGGCAAGAUUGCUUACGCCGUUGUUCUUGGUGGUAUCCACUCACUGGGUCUCGCCAGAUGUUCCAGCACCAGGAUGAUCCUGAGCAUGUCUGAUGCUAUGAAUGAUAACGAGAGGAAGACGGUGAUGGCCAGGAUGAUACAAGGUUACAAAGAUGCCGCGAAGGGAGACGACGCAUCCGUCAAGGAUUGCCAAGUCUUUCAAAAUCCAUGGUGUAUGUUUGGCGGGACCGCCACGGUAAUCUGCCAUCCUUACGAGAUAGUCCAGCCAGUAGAUGCGGUCAUAGGUGAUGUCAUAGUGCUAACGAAGCCUCUGGGCACAACAGUGGUUCUCACCGCAUCGGAAUGGAUGCAGCAGCCUGCAAAGAGGGCCAGGCUAAUGUUAACCAUCUCUGAGGAGAACAUUGAGAAAGCUCAUGCCCGAGCCGUCGACUGUAUGAUCAGGAGUAAUCGAGUCGCUGCUAUGCUCAUGCGAAAGGUUUGCUGCCUCUAUCAGUAUUGGAUAUUGUUCUCGCCGGAAUUUUUUUGCAUAAAUCGCGAUAUGCCAGAUAUAACAAUAUUAUCUAAUUAAUGCAGAAACUCUUACGCUCGAUUAUUACUGAAUUCUGUU